CCUGCACAGUCAUUCGCAGCAUGGAUUUUGCUCUGAAGGUGGUGCAGUGGUCAGAAUCGGAGACAGUACGACUCCAGCUCUGGGACAUUGCAGGGCAGGAACGCUUCACGUCUAUGACCCGGCUAUACUACAAGGAGGCAUCAGCCUGCAUUAUCAUGUUUGAUGUCACCAACAUCAGCACAUUCAGCAACAGCCAAAAGUGGAAGCAGGAUUUGGACAGCAAACUCAUGCUGCCAGAUGGGAACCCUGUGCCUUGCCUACUACUAGCUAAUAAAUGUGACCUUUCCCCAUGGGCAGUGACAAGAGAAGAAGAGGAAGAAAAUGGCUUUUCUGGUUGGGUGGAAACAUCUGUCAAGGAAAACAAGAAUAUUAAUGAGGCGAUGAGAGUUCUGAUUGAAAAGAUGAUGUCCUCAUCCACCGGUGAUGGAAGUUCCUCUGCUUCUGGAAGUGGGGAUUAUAUUAACAUAAAAGAGACAUCACCACCAGGCUGGGCUUGCUGUUAGAUGCACUUGCAUCAUCUGCCCUGGGUCUAGCAGCAGUGUCCUUUUUUUAUUAUUCUUAAACCAGCUCUCACUGGUAUUUUUACUUGAUAGUGAACUGUCUCCUGUUCAGUGCACAUUGGUUCUCAAUAGAGCGUUGCUGCAAUGAUUUUUGGGUGAGGAGUGGAAAGAGGAGAGGAAUGAGAAAAGGAUUCCUCUUCUGGUGUAGUGGCAACUGGAAGUCCUGCUGCUAGUAAGGUAGCACAGUCUGUGUCCAAGCAUGUGGCUUGGAUUAAUGAUUUUUAAUUUAGAGCACUUCAUUGCCUCACAUGCGAUUGCCUGUCUUGGGCAGGGGGAAGGAUGGGGAAGGUAUAUUUUAAUAUUGUUGCAUCUUUCAUUCCCCACCAUAUGCAUACAGUAAACACACAUGUGCCAUGCCAAAGUGUUACAGUGACCUCCUUUGGAUGCAUGCAAAGCUCAAGCAGUCUUUCUGUGCCUUCAGAUUCCCACGGUGGGAUUACAGCAAACUCUUUACUUCACCCUCUGGAACGACAUACCUCUGCUUAUGUGUCAUGGAGAGACCAAAACAUCUCAUCAUUGCCACUGUCUUUAAGAUGCACAGCCAGGUGCAGAUUAGCGCAAUGUCCCAUGUUACUGGACCUGUAAAAUAAUCAGUGGAUGAAUUUGAAAAAUUGUAUAGCACAGCCCUCACUUAUGUGUAUAUUAACUGCAGUGCUUGCAGCAGAGACAUCAGAUUUUUGUCAUGAAUUGUCCGGUUGCCUUAUGUUCAUUUUUUUUCACUCAUCCUCUCUAGCAGAAGCCUAUGUAUUCUGUUCUGCUGCCGCUUUAUUAGGGCACCAAGAGCUGAGUGAGGAAUAGGUUGUAAACUCCUUUGUAUGAUGGAACAACAGGCCUUUUCACUUUUAGAACACCCUGUAACCUACCAUCUCAAAUAGCUUUGCAAUUGCUGACGAAUUGCCUUCCCACAAUUAUUCUGUACUGGUGAGUGAAUUUGGUAGCAGGGAUGCUGCUGGAGAUACAGCCCUCUGAAAGCCCACCUGCUGGUUUUAGUGGUCCAAGGGGGAAGCAAAGGAGAAGACUUUGCGGGACAAAGGAAAUGACGAGAACCACUCCCCGCUUGCCUUUUGAUGCCUGCUUUUUCCUAGCAUAUCCCCCAGGUAUUCACC